AUGGUCGUCCCUGCUAAGAAAUAUUUCCGUGCUACAGUUGCUUGCCAAGUCCACAAAAUUGCCCUUGUGAUUAAGAAUAAGUUGACAGAAGAACAGAUGAGGUUGUAUAGGAAAACGUUCUUUGGUCCACUGUUGGAUAUAAAUAUUGUUUUUAAUGGACAACUUUUGCACCACUUUCUGUUAAGGGAGGUAGCAGAUGCGAACCCAGACGUUAUAACAUUCAAUAUUCUAGGGAAGAAGGUAACAUUCUCCCAAGAGGAUUUUAACUUGAUAACUGGGUUGUGGCCAACCAGGGAAACAAUAGAAAGAGAAACAAGUGGUGAAAGGCUGCAAAAACUCAUUCUUGGACCGAAGGACCCAAAUGAAAAGGAUAGUUCUUACAAGGAUGUGGAGACCACAUUCGAGAAGUUCAGUUUUACUAAUGACAAAGAUGUUGUCAAGGUUGCAUUAGCACUAUUUAUUAAAACGGUGAUGAUUGGAAGAGACAAAAAAAUCUAG